AUGACAACCAACAUCAAGGAUACUGGUCUCACAGACGGCCAAAACCGCUACCUGGCUCUUGCCUGGGUUUGCUUCGAGGUCGAGCCAAAGAUCGAUUUCGACAAGCUCUCCCUGGUCAGCGGCUCCAAGACUGCCAACUCGGCUCGCGAGAUGCUGCGUGUCGCUAAGAAGAAGCUCACUGAGAACAUCGCUGCCUCCACCGGCGAUACCAACGGCACUGUUGCCCCUCCCAACACCCCCGCCACCAAGACUCCCAGAAAGAAGGCCGUCCCUAAGACCCAGAGCACGAAGGGCAAGGGUGGCAAGAAGCGCAAGAUGACUGCCGAUAGCGAUGAGGACGACGAGGAGACUCCCUCAAAGCAGACUGUCACCAUCAAGACCGAGCCUGCCGAGGAAGAUGCUGGCGCUGGAGGUGCUGACGAUGACGAGGUUUGA